CACCCCCAUCUGGUUCUCCUGCUUGUCUCUAGGCUGUUGUUCACUUGUUCUCGCUCUCUCAAGCUGAGCACAUCCAAGCAAAGCCAAGGGAAAGGUGCCUUUCCAAGGUGAAGAAGCAUGUAUCCGAGCUGCUCUCCUCUGACAGUGCCUCCGGGCUUCCGGUUCCACCCGACCGACGAGGAGCUCCUCUACUACUACCUGAGGAAGAAGGUCGCCUAUGAGCCCAUAGAUCUUGAUGUCAUUAGGGAGAUUGACCUCAACAAGCUUGAGCCUUGGGAUCUCAAAGAUCGCUGCAGGAUUGGGACAGGGCCUCAGGAUGAGUGGUACUUCUUCAGCCACAAGGACAAGAAGUACCCAACGGGGACACGCACGAACCGGGCCACGACGGCCGGGUUCUGGAAGGCGACGGGCCGGGACAAAGCCAUCUUCCUCGGCAACGCUGGGAGGAAGAUCGGCCUGAGGAAGACGCUGGUGUUCUACACCGGCAGGGCACCCCACGGCAAGAAGACUGACUGGAUCAUGCACGAGUACCGCCUCGACGAUGACAACGCCGAGGUGCCAAUAACGGAGGAAGGAUGGGUGGUGUGUAGGGUUUUCAUGAAGAAGAGCAUCCAGAGAGGCUUCGACCAGCAGGGCGUGGUGGCAGCCGGCGACGACGACGAGCUCCAGUCCUUCCACCACUCCCCCGGCGGCGCAACGCCGCCGGUGGACCAGAAGCUCGGCCUCCACCAGUUCAUGCACGGCUGCUUCCCCGCCUUCGACCCCUCCAUGCACCUUCCUCACCUCACGAGCGCGGAGGCGGCGCCGCUGGGCGCCCCAGCAUUUAUGUCCGGCACGCCGCCGGCUGCCGCCGUGAACCCGCUCGACAUGGGCUCCGCUCCCCACAACCUGGCGAAGCUGACAGCAUCCUGCCGCACUGCCGGCGACAUGCUGCUGAACGGCGCUGACCGCUUCGGCGCUGCCGGCGCCGACUGGUCGAUCCUCGACAAGCUGCUGGUGUCGCACCAGAACCUGGACCAGCUCUUCCAUGGCAAGUUGGGGGGAACAGGAUCAGCCGUAGGGGUGCCUCACCAUUAUCAUCAGCAGCAGCAGCUGAUGGGAAUGAGCGCGUCCACACUGCAGAGGCUGCCUCUCCAUUACCUUGGCUGCGAUGCAGCUGAUCUCAAGUUUUCCAUGUAGCUAGAUUGAACGAUGUGUCACCUGUUCCUGGAGAAGAUGACGGGAUCUCGUAAUUUUGGGUACGGUGGUCGAUCAAUUGGUGGAUCAGUUUCCUAUAUUGUUUUUUCUAAGGGAAAAGU